CAGAACUCGAAGGUUUCAGUCUCCGCCCAACUUGCGGUUAAAGUGAUUGAUUUCUCGUGUUCCUCCUGAACUUCAAUAAACCUUCAAAAUGAAGCACCUCGCAGCCUACCUCCUCCUCACCCUCGGCGGCAACGCCUCCCCCUCUGCCGAGGACAUCAAGUCCGUCCUCAGCUCCGUCGGCGUCGAGGCCGAGGAUGAGCGUCUCGAGAAGCUCAUCUCCGAGCUCUCUGGCAAGGACAUCAACGAGCUGAUCGCCGCUGGCUCUGAGAAGCUCGCUUCCGUUCCCUCUGGCGGUGCUGGUGCCGCUGCUGCCCCCGCCGCCGGUGGUGCUGCCGCUGCCGAGGAGAAGGCCGAGGAGAAGAAGGAGGAGGAGAAGGAGGAGUCCGACGAGGAUAUGGGCUUCGGUCUCUUCGACUAAGCGCUCCAUUUGUAAAAAGGAUGCGCAAAGUUACGACCCUCUACGAUUUUCGGAAAAGUUGCGAGCAUGUUGGGCGGUUGGUCUCGGAUGGCUCUGGUGGCAUUGGAGGAUUGAUCGCUCGUGGAUGGCUUGGCGGCCGGUAUAGGUUGGCAUAGAAUAUCCAGGUCAAGGAAUUGACGACUUGCCGUUUUUUCGA